AUGGUCACGAAUCUAAUUUCGUCAGAACUCAUCUACCGCAUACAAGUAAGAUGCGCGCAAGCAAUGGAAGUCUUAGAGAAAAGCAUACAAGCUGCCGAGAAGAGAGACGAGGAGUGGCGGCUGUUGAUGGAGAAAUUGAAACGACCCCUAACCUCACCUCAGCGAGUCAAGCCACCAACCACCACUGCUGCGAGCUCACCCCCACCACCCGCGAUGAAAAUCCCCGCCAUAAUUGUUUCCGCUGCCGCCGAGGAAAAAGAUCAGGCGGCCACAACCAUGCCACCACCUGCGAAGGACAAGGCAAUGAAGCCUGCAAACUCAGACAUUAUCACCGCCGAGCAGCCAAUCACCGCCAAUCAUCAUCACCGAAGCAACAGCGGAAAGCACGUAGCUCGAGGAACCUACAGCUACUGUCCUGCCGCUGACCGCUGCGGCUAG